CGCUUCUCUAGGGCCACAGACGGUAUCACUACGCAUCGAAGCGUAGAGGCACUAACCAUCAUCAAAAGGCAGACCAUGUCAGACGACAAAGUGAACGAGAAGAGCCCUGAAUCAGGGCUCAAUGAAGUGUCGAGCUCGUUCAUGGGGCGUGGAUAUGAUCUUGAGGAUGGUAUCGGCCAAACCCAACGACAACUGAAGCCUCGCCACAUUCAGAUGAUAGGUCUUGGUGGAGCUAUCGGUACAGGAUUGUUCAUCGGUUCUGGUUAUUCGCUUUCAGUUUGCGGACCAGUGGCUAUCUUCCUUGGGUAUGUUGUGAUGGGCCUCGUUCUCUGGUCUGUUAUGGAGUGUCUCGGCGAACUUUCCACUCUAUACCCUGGUGCCGGGAGUUUUCCACAUUUUGCUGGUCGGUUCUUAGAUCCUGCGCUUGGUUUCAGUAUCGGUGUCAGCUAUUGGUAUGGCAAUGCCGUCAGUUUCGCCAGCGAGCUCUCUGCGGUUACUGUAAUUAUAGAGUACUGGGACACCCCAUUACCCCUUGCGGCGUGGAUCACGAUCUUUAUGGUCUUGUCUAUUAUUUUAGUUUUCCUUCCUGUCAGGUACUUCGGCGAAGUUGAAGUCAUCACUUCGACGCUCAAGAUUUUAGCGUUUGUCGUUCUCUUCAUCGUCGGCAUAGUCAUCGAUCUCGGCGGUGCCCCUAGCCACGAUAGGAUCGGAUUUAGGUACUGGAGAGACCAACCUUUUGUUCAGUAUGACGGUAUUUCAGGAGCAACCGGACGCUUCUGUGCUUUUCUCUAUUCUAUCGUGGGCGCUGCGUACACAUACCUUGGUACCGAAGCUAUCGUCCUUGCAGCCGGAGAGACCAGUAAUCCCGUCCGAGAAAUCCCUCGUGCCAUCAAGAAAGUAGCCUACCGAAUCUUGUUCUUCUAUAUCGGUGGAAUCAUGCUGGUAGGCAUGCUCGUACCAGCCGACAACGCGCAGCUCGGUGCUGAUUCGAGUGCUGCGGCUUCACCGUUCGUCAUUGCUAUUCAACAAGGAGGCAUCAGCGUCCUGCCCCAUGUUCUCAAUGCAGUCUUCCUCGUCUCAGCCUGGAGCGCUGGAAACUCUUACGCGUAUAUAUCAGCACGAUCGCUUUAUUCGCUCGCUCUUUCCCGUAGAGCACCGAAGAUAUUUGCUAAGGUCACUCGACACGGGUUGCCUCUCUACGCCACAAUAAUUUCGUGCUCUUUCGGAGCGCUCGCAUACCUCAGUAUUUCGAGCAGUGCAUCCCAGGUCUUCCUUUGGCUUCAGGCGCUCACCUCCGUUUCCGGACUCAUCAACUGGGGGUGUAUUUGCUGGACUUGGGUCCGAUUUAACAAGGCACUGACCGUACAAGGUGUCAAUCGGUCGACGCUUCCCUACCGAGGGAGGUUCAUGCCGUAUACUGCCUACUUUGGCUGGUGGUCCUCAUGGAUCCUUGCUUUGAUCUCCGGAUACAACGUAUUUUUGAAGGUCGAGUGGGACCCUCAGACCUUUGUGUCCGCGUAUAUCAGUAUUCCAAUCUUCGUUCUCCUUUAUUACGGCUGGAAAUGGUGGCAUCACACGAAGUUUAUCCCUCUAAGGGAGAUCGACCUCAUGUCGGGCAGAGGAGACGAGACUCACAAAGAGCUUACGUUACAAGAACAGAAGGAAAUGGCGGACGCGGCGAUUCGGUCAAGUAGUGCUUGGGGUCGGUUCCUGGAUAAGGUUUUGUAAAAUGGAUAUAAUCUCUUUAUUCGGGUCAUAAAAGUCAGCAUGUAGCAUGUAGCUCUUGUUGUUUUUUCUGUAUCAGUAUGGUGACCAUAUAUACUAGCCUGC